UUGUACUCUAGACAAGGGGAUGCAUGGGUGAAACAUGGCCGCCGUAGACCCAUCAGAGUCCCCGAAACGGCAAAAAUCCCCUGUCGAGGAGGUGGAAACAUCAGGGGAGCAGAUCGAGGAAUGCAGCUCAAAACAGGAGAGCAAAACAACAAGUGCAAUAUCCGCACAAAGCCCCGGCGAGGAGCGACAGGCCAGUGUUAGCGACGAUGGCGAUUGUGUUGGCAGCCGCUCGGAGGUUAGUGGCGAUCCUGGAGCUGGAGCUGACACAACGACAUGCAAUUCACUGGAGAAGCUGGCACCGUCGGAGAAAGCGGCCCACAACAGCGGGGUUUCCUGCAGCGAUCAGCGGGGUUUCGACUGGUCCGAGCCUGAGGAGGAUGGUGUUCAUCCUCCAGCGCGCAAGCAAGAAACUGGGAACUGUGAACCCAGUAAAGAUGUGGAGAAACCUGAGCUGCAGCCGGAUACACUUGUUGAAGCUACCUCUGAUGCAGAUGCAGAGGAGAUGCAACAGAAAACGUUAAAUCCUGAUGAGAAGAGCGCUGUAAAGGAUACGAGCAAUGAACUGGUGGCCGCAGUCGAUGGGGUAGAGGAUACAGAAGAGGACGAUGGUGAUGGGGAUGAUGAAGAUGCAGGCAGGGGAGAGGAGGAUGAUACAUUCGCAAAACCAAGGAAGUGGGGUUUGCAGUGCAAGGAGUGCGGGAAGAGGUUCAACCGACGGGAGACGUUUAACCUUCACCGUCACUUCCAUGCACACGAGGAUGAGCUCACCCCGCUCACCUGUAAAGAAUGCGGCCUUACCUUUCAACACCGCAGCAGCCUCAUCAAACAUCGGAGUGAGCAUAAAGAGAAGGAGGAACAAGUCAUAACUCCAAAGAAGGAGCCACACACAAGGGAUGAGAGGAGUUUUAGGUGUGCGCAGUGUGAGAAAUUUUUCCCCACAGUGGAUAAGCUGAGGGACCACAACUGCAACAAUAUCCCAGAUAAGCCUUACCACUGCCCCCUGUGCCGCCAAGAGUUCCAGUUCAAGGUGUCGAUCACCAAGCACAUGCAGUCCCACUCCCUGGAGAGCAUCUUUACAUGCCAGGAGUGCUAUCAGAACUUCCCUGACAGCGUGGCCCUGCGCUUCCACCAGCGAUGUCACGCUGCCCUGAAACCCUAUGAAUGCCCCGAGUGUGGCAUGGUAUUCAAACACUACUCCGUUAUGGAAGACCACCGUCGUAAGCACACAGAGAACAUGCGGUCUCACCAGUGCAAUAUUUGCGGUAAGACCUUCAAGUACAGCAGCCUCCUGCAUCAGCAUCAGUAUCUGCACACAGGCCAGAAGCCCUUCCGCUGCCCAGAGUGCGGUAAAAAAUUCGCUUUUGCCCAGAACAUGAAGGCGCAUUGCCGUCAGCAUAGACUGCAUGAAAACAACUCCCACUCUUCCACCGAUCAGCCUAGUAAGCAAGCACCUGUGUCUGCACAUGAGACAGUCAGAGGAGCAGGGAAGGAGAACACAAACCAGACCGAGGAGUCAAAACGUGUAUUCAGCUGUCCCCUUUGUCCACAGACCUGCUAUACUCCUGCUAACCUGAGAGCCCAUAUGCUUAUUCAUGAGGCUGAGACUGAAAAAGUGGACAGUAGACCCAGACCUGUAAAGGACAAUGCUACCAAGAACUGGGAGAAAGGACACACCUGCCCCCACUGUCCUAGUAUAUUUCGUGAUGAAGCAAGUUUCUAUGGACAUUUGUUAAAAGUCCACAAAUCUAUAGCACACUAUUUAGAAAAGGUGACAACAGCACCAGUACAAAAAAUCACUCCGCUCAGUAGUGAUAAUUUGCAAGGAAAAUGGAGAAAUGACAAUGUAAACAGUAAGUCAUACAAGUGUUCUGAGUGUGGCAAAAUGUUCCGUCACCGCUCCGUGUUAGAGUUGCAUAUGCGCAUUCAUUCCAAGGACAAGCCCUACCAGUGCAAAGUGUGUGGCAAGCGCUUUCGAUUCAGCAGCUACCUGCAGCAGCAUCUCAUCAUCCACACAGGCAAGAAGCCACACAAAUGUCCUGACUGUGGGAAGGACUUUGCCUUCCUUCAGAACAUGAAGACGCAUCAAAAGCUGCAUCAGGAGAAACCAUUCCGUUGUACUAGCUGUCGCAAAGGUUAUAGUGAUGAGGCCCAACUUCAGCACCACAUGUUGUCGCAUAAUGGUGAGAAACCUCACAAGUGUGACCUUUGUGACAAAAGCUUUGGACUGGCUUAUCUGCUCCGUGACCACAUGAACACGCAUACAGGAGAGAGACCUCAUCGCUGUGACGAGUGCCACAAAUCCUUUUCCUGGUUUAGCAGCCUCCUAGUACACCAGAAAAUCCAUGCUCGCAAGCGCCAAGGUUACAGCCAGUACACCUCCUUUCCCGUGAGCACUAGGAUGAGAGGCAGAGGUAGCAGGGGAAGGAGAGGGGCUAGGUUUGCAUGGGCCUGGCCUCGAUCAGUGGCAGGCUCAGCUAUGCUUACCUCUCAACCACCACCUCCAUAUCAGCUUCCUACACUAAGAGAUGCUGAAUUGCAUCGGAGGGCUGUGCAACCGCUCUCUCCCAUGCUAUCAUCUCGCUUGGAAUUACAAGGCAGACAGCCGAAGGAGCCGUGGCUGUCGGAGGUUCACCCUCCACCAGUCCAGUGGAAAGUGGAUGGCGGAGAGGUCAUGCCUGUUCCUUUGUCUCAGCAGUCUCAGCUGCCACAUUUAGCACUACAGCAAACACAGUUUGACAGCCCAUCACAACCCGGCCUACACCAACUCCAUCAGAGAAGUCCAGGCUGGGCAGAUAAUGCAUUGAUAUCUCAGUCUGGCCCUUCUUCAGUCCAGAGUGUGGAGUCGUCACACCUGAAGGAGAGCUCCCUGCCAGCAGGAGUGCCAAAAAAGUCCAGUCCAUCAGUAGGGAGUGAGAUUGAGCAGCAAAGGCAGUCCAUGCCUGCAGCCUGGAGUAGCACACCUGCAUCCACAGCACUAGCGUCAACUAGCUCUUCACAGCAUGAAUUCACUGCCUCUUCAAGCUACAUGGAUGGGGCAGCGCUUUGGAGUGUUAGACCAACUCCAAUAGCACCAACCUCACAGAGCUCGCCAAAUAAAUCUGGUCAAGAUCUUCUGCUGCCAAGAUGGUCAAAUGCCCAAGUGUCAACGCAAAAGACCGGGAACGAGCCAUCCAUACUUCCUAAAAAAGAUGAUAAUAGAGCGUGGGACUUAAGUAAUCCUCAAGUAAUAUCAUCGACUGUUACCCAGCCAGAAAAGCCAUGGAAUGGAUGUGAGCCGCAAAAACAGUGGGCUUCGGGCUUAGCAGGUGCAUCCACCUCAGCUCAAAUAGACCAAAGCAACCCUAUGUCGGUUUCAACCCCUGUAUCUCAUGGGGUAGGUAGCACCUUGUGGGACUUCCAAACACCGCCAGGCAUUCCAAAGACUAUAAGCCCCUCUGAGAAAUUAGGCAGUAAUCAAGAGUUUCAGCUACAGCAAAAACAGGUGUCAUCUGGCUGGGCCAAUGUGCAAACAUCAACUCAAAAGGUUCCUAUCUCUAUACAAUAUGAGCCCCGUUUUCCUCAUGGGAUGGGGACAGCUGUGUGGGGUUUCCAAACUAAUCCUGUGGGUCCUCAAACUCUGCUCACUGGACAACUCAAACCAGGGAAUGGACAGGAGCUGCAGCAUCAACCAAUGGUAACGGGCACUCAAAUAAUCAUAAAUCAGCCUUCUCCCUUUUUCUCACCUCCACUUGCUCCGCUCCCCCCUCUUGCUUUGCCUGGCCCUCACCCUCUUCAUUCUGUUGCAGUUGGUGCACUUCCAAGACCUCCACACCCAAAUAUUUUUUUCACACCACAGGCACUCAUGAGCGAGAGGCCAACAAUGUCACAGACCCUGUCCCUACCUCAGCUUGCCCCACGGACAGAACCUCACAAACUCGGAGCUCGUUUGCCUUUUGCCCCAGAACGGCCUCUUCAGUGCAUGAUAUGUGGGUGCUCUCUUCCCCGGGAGUUGGAUCUACAAAUGCAUUACCUGCAACAUGCACAAGGAGAGAUUUGACAGUUUUACACUAGCAACAAGAUUUAGCUUUGUUUUACCAUUUCUGUCCAAUAGAGCCUCGUUUAUUUGAAUCUCAGAUGUCCAAUUUGACCAGGUUACUGAAUGGGCAUUACAAAUGAAACUAUCAUGUGAAAUGUUAUUCAGUCGGUUGUGCACAAAUGAUGGAGUUUUCUUGUUGAUGAAAUGCAUUUUAAAGGUCUUUCAGCUCCAUACUGUAUCGGAUGCUGACUGGAAUCGGCAGGUGUACAGGCACAUGCCACUGAAUGAGUUUCACUCUUUAAAUGCAUUUAUCCAAAUAUUUCACUGGUUUGAACAACGUCUGAGGGAUGCAGAUUAGUGAGGUUCUAUGGCAUUUCAUUUAUUGCCAAUGACGUUUAGGUUUAGAUAAAAAAUUAGUACUUUUAUAGUUCUGUUCAGAUGUCAUAAACUAUUUGAACUGUUUCUUCAUGUACAGUAUACUGUGUGCCUUUAUGAGUACAGUCUGCAUGUCUGCUGUCUUGGUAUUCUAGGCCUAGUUUGUGCUAAAGAUAGACUCAACAAUGUGACCUCACUCCCAAUAUACAGAGCAACUCUUUCUAAGAUACUGUAAAGAAAUGUAAUCUUUAUUUUGUUUUGUUUUUGUUUAUUUCCUGUUUGUCUUUCUUUUUUUCCAGGGGAAAGGGGACAUCUUACAUGUGUCUGUGACAUGACAGUCACUGCGUACAGUCCAGUUAGGAAACCUUUCUAUUCACAAGGCUAUUGGCCUGGCCCAAGCCAAAAUGACCUUCAGUGAAGUUCUGAUCGGUGUGGUAGGAAUUUGGUCCCAGCAAAAAGCACCUGUAAACUAGGGAUGUCAAAGUUACCAUGUAAAGGUCACUUCACGGUUUGAAUUUUCUGUAAAUUUAACUCUCAAAGUGACUAAUAAGAACAGGGAGCAAGUAGUCUUUUAUUACGUAAUAUUGCUGACAUUGUUGUCAAAUAGUGAAUUUUGUAAUAAAUUCAACUUUGAUUUAUGUGAAGUUUUGUCAUUACUGUACUGACAUUUUUUCCACAUUGGUAAGGCAAACCUGUAACUCAUCUAUGACAAGUCUUUUUGCUCUAUCAUGGCGAGUGAAGUUAGGUAAUUGUUGGCAUUGUGUCAUGACUGAGCUUCAUCGUUUGCAGAGGUCAUCCUUACUCCAGGUGGUAGUACUUAGCAUCCUUAGUAAACUGCUGAGUGCCAUGUGCUAUAUGUCUCUUACCAAGUACCUGUAAAGGGCUUAUAAGAAUGAACACUUCCGAGUGUAAUGCACCUAUAUUUGUAAAUUUCAUUCACUCCUCAAGUCAGUGUGUCUUUGUGAACAGAUACCCCCAAAACUGUGUAGGCUAAUCUGAGUGCAGUGCUCCAGCUGCUCCUGUCUGAUCUUGCUGUGUUCAUGGGGAAUACAUAUGUUGGCAAUGGGCAUUUGGGUGGAUUUGGUGGGCCUAUUAUGUAAUUAAAACAAUUAUUACUGUAAAAAUGUAACAAUUUGUAAAAGAAAAAAAAAGAGAGAAAGAAGAAAAAGGAAUUGUCCCUGAGCAGUGUCUUAAGAUUUAAAUUAUGCCCUACUACCUCUAUCCAUUGUUUUAGCAUGGAAAACAUAGAAUUUUCCCAUGAUGUCCAGAUACUGGAUUGAAUAAAAACUUAAUUUUGAUUAA